AUGCGCAAAGACAUCACGAUCAGGUUCAUCAAGCAAUGGUACCAACUGCGUCGUAGACGCCGCGAGCUCUUCGUCAAGAUGCUUGCCUACUACUUCUCGGCCUUUGUGUACAAGACACCUAAGCACACCUCCAUCCUCAGCGGACCGAUGUGGGUCGACGAGGUCCUCACUGGCAACCCACAUAACGUCGUGGAGAUGCUACGGAUGCCGCGCGUUGUGUUCCAACGGCUUGCUCACGCAAUUGUUGACAUUGGCAAGCUGCGGUCCACUUAA